CUCGAGGCUGGAAUAUUCGUCAUUUCAUCUGGUGCCGCCGUGGCUGAUACGUAUGAUGCUCUUGAGACCCUAUUCAGAAGGAUCCGAGACAUCACCGAUCGAUUAGACGAAUACCUCCAGGGGCAACAGGACAAGAAGAUUCACAAACUCGUGAUCCGAUUGCUGAGCGCUUUCCUCGAUAUUUUCAGCGAGGCUGAGGCUACUAUCAAGCGUGGUCGAGGCAAGGAGAUGAUGCGCCGUGUUAUCGGUAAAGAAAAUAAGAUCCAGACUGCACUGGACCGACUUGACGAACUAGUGCAGACAGAGGACAGCCUCUUUGUCAAGACCAUAUCGGAUGACUCCACAGGUCCAGUGAUCAUUGUGAUCGAUGGCGUAGACGAGGCGACACCUGAAAACCAAGAGCUGAUUGUGAAGCUUGCAAAACAGCUUUCGGACUUAAAGUUCAGCGCGAAGCACAAACCAGGCAUACAGCUCUUAUUACUUGGUCGCCCAGACUUGGACUAUAACGUGUCUAAUGUCUGGAGAGGUGAAAAACGGAGGCCCAAGAUCCUUCAUCUACAGCCAUCGAUGUCGAGCAAAGAUGUGGAGAGAUUUAUAACAAAAGGCGUCACAGAACGUGUCACUUUGCUGCAGAAGAUGCGCCCGGCUUCUGCCAAACGACUCAAAAGGGAGAUCAUCAAGACGCUCCGCGAUAGCUCGGAUGGCAUGUUCAUGCUCGCCAAACUCAUGCUCGCCGAAUUGAAGGACAUGAACAAACCAGAAUUGAUCCGCGAAGCUCUCUCGAAGCCGCCUCGGGGCCUUGAUGACAUGUUCAGACGCGUUAUAGCAAGGCUUGGUGCCAUUGGAGGAUUCGAUAAGAAGGAUCUCAACGAGAUCAUCAUGUGGGUCGCAUGUGCUCAACGUGAUCUUCUUCUCGGCGAAUUGGACCUUGUCCUCAAAUUGAGGGAUCUUCGCCAGAAUGGUAUUGUUGCAAUCGAGGACGAGUUGAGGACUAGAUUCGGUUCAUUCUUCACUGUUAUGUCCCUCCAGGAUGGUUCGGAGGACGAAGAUGCUGCAGCCGAAGAUGCUGUCUCCACGACUGCAAGCGAAACAACACUGCUGGAUAACAUCUCCGAUGAGGACACCGUGCUAGAAGAUUAUUCUGACAUUGGGUCGGAUGACGAUGACGAUGCAACGGGUGGAGCAAGUGAAGCUCUUUCCGAUGAUGAAGAAGAAGACGACGAGAUUCCAUGGAAUUUUCUGUCGGCCACAGUCAAAUUCAGUCAUGCAAGUGUCGGUCAACACUUCAGAAACGCUCCUGUUCACCAAGAAAUUGGCAUGGAUAUGAACUUCGCGCAAGCUCACAUCACAUUGACAUGCCUCAAAUUUCUCACCGACAACAUCCCAAAGAGGAAAGGCAGGGAGUGGCGCGACCCAACUCUGUUCGAGUAUGCUGUUAAUCACUUCUUAGAUCACUUUGUAGAAGUCGACAUCGAACAACUCAAGACUGACCAUGCAGACAUAUUUCAGACUUUGUCACAGGAGGUCAUGUUCCUCUUGAAUGAUCGCAUCUCGAUCCAACGAUGGUUUGACGCACUGUCCAAUGAAUACAGAUUCAUGCAUCAAUUCUUUACCCCGGCGACCUUUGUACGAUUGCGGACUUGUGGCCAAGUACUUGCAACAAACAAGACCUCCACUGUGGAGGAAGCAGGCCCCAAGAAUACCACCGAUCCCAAGAUUUUGCUGGCACCUUUCGCGAAAUAUGUCGUCGAGGCAUGGCUGAAAUUCGAGACCUGCGGCAAGAUGAUGGCUAUCCUCUUCCUCCAGGCUUACCUAUCAUUAGAAGAUGAUCCGAACUGCCAUCGAUGGAGUUUUCCUCCAAACCGUCCUUUCGAACAUAUUGCAGAGAGCAUAUCGCCAGCUGAGAUCAGGGAAAUGUCUUCCCUUGGUAGCUUGCCAAAAGACACCACGUUUUACCUUUCUCUGGGUCGAACGUUCGCCAAAAUAAGGACGCAGCAGCACCGGCUCGCGGCUGUAGACGAGUUCGAGCAUGCUGUCCAGGUCAGCGAUGAUUCAACGAGUACGUGGGAUGUAUACUGCUCAAAAGCUGAGGUACUCUGUGCAAUCGAAAAGUUUGAAGAGAGCAUCGCUGCUGCCUCCUUAGCUCUCGAGCACCUUCCAGCGUAUCGUUCAUACAUGAAACGUCAUCCUGCAGAUAAUUUCGAGCGCCUCCCUUUCCUUAGAGAAAGAUGACGAAGCCAUUCAAGCAGCAGUAAGGGCACGAGAUAGCGCUCUCCAUGACCCAGGCGUAGCGUUUACCCUCGUCUUCACCGCCCAUAGAACUGCAAAUUACUCGAAGACAACGGCAUUGAUGCAGGCAGCACUGGACUCUCGUGAAGGGGCGCAGUUCCUUGGUCACGUGAUCAAUUACGCGUCUCCACAAAGAUAUACAACUGAGUACAUGUCCAUCGCAUGUGCAAAGUUGGGAGAUCUCGGGCUAGCGAAGAAAGCCUUCGAAGCUGUUAAGAUCGAGGCAACAAACGUCGGCAAUGAAAGUACCAUAGCCGCCGCAGACCUGGCGA